AAGAAGAGCCGUACCAAAACACGGAAGAAAGAAAUGUAAAGCGUCCAUUUAAAUAACCAACCAGGUUUGGUUGACAGUUGAAGCGGAGUUUGAUCAUUCUGAUGAAGUUGAUUUAAAUAGGAAAUACCAUUGUUUUACCUCAUAAUGUUCAGCAAGUCUUACACGCUGCUCCCUCAGGGGGACUGUCCCAAGACUCCGGGCCUGUUCGUGGACCCUGUCAGCUUCACACAGCGAGGACCCCACAAAGGCUUCUCCUUCGACAACAUCCCCAAUGUCUCUGAAAACGACUUCACUGAUGCCUCCCAAGGAUGGCUGUCCUGGAUCUGCAACCUGAUUGUCAUCUUCUUUGUCUACUUCUUCACCUUCAUAACAUUUCCUGUAACAGGGUGGUUUGUACUGAAGACGGUGCCUAACUACCAGAGGAUAGUAGCAUUUCGUCUGGGUCGAGUUGGUCCUCCAAAGGGUCCUGGUAUUGUCCUCGUGCUGCCUCUCAUUGACCAGUGGCAGAGAGUAGACCUGCGCACCCGUGCUUUCAACAUCCCUCCCAGCCAGGUGAUCACUCUGGAUGGCGGUGAGUUGUUAGUGGGAGCAGACAUCCAGUUCAGGAUCUGGAACCCCGUCAUGUCCGUACUCUCAGUCCAGGACCUGAACGCCUCAACCAGGAUGACGGCGCAGAAGGCUAUGACCUACCUCCUGGCCAAGAGGACUGUCAGGGAGAUCCAAACUCAGAGAGUUAAACUGGGAGAAUAUCUUGUGACGGACAUAAAUGAGAUGACUCGACCCUGGGGGCUGGAGGUGGACAGGGUUGAGCUUGCUUUGGGCUCUGUACUCAAAGCACCGGAGCAAAGCCCCUCUGCACCCCUCACCAUGCCCCCUGCUGUGCCUGGACUGGAAGAUCUCACUGACCCUAUUCAGCAGUUGGCCAUGCACUUUUUGGGUGGCAUUCAACAGCCUCAACAAGAGGACUGCAUAACUUUUACAGAUGAGCUCAGCAGUGCAGCUCAGAAUGUCAUGGCCACACCACGUUCUGUUGAAGAGCUGCUGGACGCCGUCAAGCUCCUGCUCUCUGAGGCUUUGGUCCACCAGGUUGGGGCCUGCUUCCAGUUUGACGUGAGCUCGGAGAAUGGACAACAUCACAAUUACUUUGUGGAUUUGAGCCAAGGCAGCGGUGCAGCUGGAGCAGGGUCUCUGUGCAGAGAGCCAGAUGUGACACUGAGCAUGAGUGACAGCGACCUUCUGGCCAUGUUCCAGGGAGUGCUGCGACCGUUUUCUGCUUACACCAGCGGCAGACUGAAAAUCCAAGGAGAUAUUGAUACUGCUAUGAAGCUGGAAGAACUCAUAAAGUUACUUCAGAAAUAAGGAUGAGAUUGGCAUUUGUAAACGUAUUUAUUAAGUCUUUAAUUUAACCUGUACAGUGCCUGCUUUUUAUGUAUACAUUGAUUACGUAAUAAACUGAUUUACUUUUA